UUUACUAGGGUUACCGCAAUGUACGGUUUAGCUAAGGAGAACUUCCCUUUAGUUCGAUCGAGAGUCUUAAGUUUAGUAUAAGCCAGAUGUCGGUAUUUGAAUGAUUACCACUGUGUCACAAGGACUCCGGAAUGAUAUCUGGCAUCAGCAGUCAAGAAAUUUUUGCCCAUGUUCGACCGGGUCUUGGUUGAAAAAUUUGCUGCAGAGUUGAAAACAAAAGGGGGAAUCAUGAUCCCUGAUAAAUCAGCAGGAAAAGUGUUGGAGGCCACCGUGGUGGCAGUGGGGCCUGGCAAUAGGGACAAGGAUGGAAAGGUCAUCCCCACUAGUGUGAAGUCUGGUGAUAGAGUUUUGUUGCCAGAAUAUGGUGGUACCAAGGUUGUGCUGGAAGACAAGGAUUACUUUUUAUUCAGAGACAGCGAUAUAUUAGGAAAAUUUGAGUGACAUGGAAAAAGGAAGUUCAGAAAUCAAUGAUGAACAAUUUUGACCAGGCAUUUAUGUGAUGAAAAUAAGUGUGUUGAUCCACUGGACUACAUUAUGGCAGGAGAGAAGGAGGAAUACAAAUAAACAAGCAUCUGCUGCUCUGUGUUCCCUUGUAGCCCCAAAGUCUACAUUGUCGGUCCCGCUAACAAUGUGUUUAGUAAUGCGGAGCAUUAACUCAGAUACAUGUUAAAACAUUGUGAAUUGUAAGUGGUGUGAAUGUGUGUGUAGAUUAUAUUAGAUUAUUCAAGAGUGAAACGUAGCAUAUUUGUAAACAUUCAGACUAGUGUUUUUAGAAGAUACAUCAUGUGUUUCUAUGAACCAGAACAUCAAAUUUGGAUGUAAAUAUCCAAAGUCAGUGUGUAAACUAGAAUUAAGUAGUGUGAAGUUAAUUGGCGUUGUUGAAUAAAGGUUCCAAGAAGAAAAAAAUUGGUGACUGUUUUCAGAUGUUUUUGGUAAUUUUGAAGAAUUUUCUUAAAUUAUGUGUAAAAUGUGAAACACUACUGAUCAUUAUACAAUCAUACUUUAUCAUCUGAUCACCAAUCAUUUUUAUUGAUCAAAAAUAAAUGAUUAACUAAUAUACAA